AUGGUUGCCUUUAUACCAAAUGCCAGACGACCAAGACGGUUUAGACGACAAAUACCGAAAGCAUUCAGAUUUUUUGCAUCUGGGUGCUUUCUUCAGUUAAUCGGGAACACAUUUGGUGUCGACAUUGCCACUGUGUCCCGGACUAUUACCAGGGUGACGGACGUUUUAUUUUCACUGAAGGACGAAUACAUAAAAUUUCCAAAGACGGAUGACGAAGGACGGACUGUUCAACAGGGAUUUUAUAAAAUAAGACAAUUUCCCGGCGUUGUUGGUUGUAUAGAUGGCACACAUGUUAGAAUAAUUUCUCCGCCGAAAGAUCAAGAGGCAGCUUACGUAAACAGAAAACGAUAUCACUCCUUAAAUGUCCAGGCCACUUGUAAUCAUGGGCUAUUCACCAGUAUAAAUGCAUCAUGGCCAGGCAGUUCCCAUGACAUCCAUAUAUUUAGAAUAUCCAAUGUGUGCAGAUACCUAGAGGCUAGGCACCAAGGUUUAGAAAAAGGUGUUCUGCUAGGGGAUAGUGGAUAUCCAUGUAGGCCAUUUCUGCUGACACCCUAUCUCAACCCAACCAGUGAGAGAGAAGAGAGGUACAACAGGGCACACACAUCUACAAGAAAUGCUAUAGAGAGGACUUUUGGAGUGUGGAAAAGGAAAUUUCAUGUUUUGCAUUCUGAGGUUCGAAUGAAACCAGCAAAGGUCAGUAGAGUGAUUGUGGCCUGUGCAGUCCUCCAUAACCUGGCCAUACUUUGGAAUGAACCUGAGCCACAGGAGCCUCAAGAUGAUGAUGAGCAGCCUCAGCCAGACCAAUACCAGGGACCUCAGGAUGGCCGUGGAGUCAGAAAUUAUGUGACCAACACCCUUUUUCGGCGACGCCCAUAUUGCAUUACAAGGAAAUAA